UUAAAUUCUCAGCCAUUAAUCUGCUCGAACGCUGUGAGUGAUUUUUUUUAAGCUACAUCUGAUGUGAUUGAACGAUGGAUAUACCCGUCAGUUAAUGUACGAGGAAAGUCCUGGGUCACCAAACGACCGCUCCGGAUCCGACAGCCGCCCGCGACUCGAUCAAAACGGUCGUUUUAGUUCCUCUUUAUUUUGCCGCAGUCAAAAAUUAUUCCAGCUCAAGGCCAGCGGUCGCGCGCACUGUCUUCUCUGCUCCUGCUGCCGUAACCUCAUAAACGAGACAUAUAGCUUGUUUUAUGGCAGAUCUGGAUUUCUGACACAGAUUCGCUCUCAAGCUGGUAUAUAAUGCUGAUCCAGUAACACAAACACCAGUUUGGCUUGAAGUCAAGUAGAGCAAAGGCUGUGCGAGCCAGAGAAAGGCCAGUGGGAGAAGACAUAGACUGAGUCUUUGUGUGCCAGGGGUUGUGCCCCCCUCUUGACUGCUGGCCACCCAUCGAUCUGUGGCUGCCCUCAACCUCUGACCACAGCCAUGACCUCUCAGAGAGACCUCGACACGGUGAACCUACGGCUGAUCCUCGUGAGUGGGAAGACGCAGGAUUUCACUUUUUCUCCCAAUGACUCUGCCACAGACAUUGCCCGCCAUGUUUUUGAAAACUGGCCAGCCGGCUGGGAGGAGGAGAGCGUGAGCAGUCCCAGCAUCCUCAGGCUGAUCUUCCAGGGUCGCUUCCUGCAUGGCAAUGUCACACUAGGAGCACUGAAGUUGCCCCCUGGCCGAACAACUGUCAUGCACUUGGUUGCGAGAGAGACUCUGCCAGAGCCCAACUCCCAUGGCCAGAGGAACAGGGAGAAAACCACAGAGAGCAGCUGCUGUCUACUGCUGUAAAACCCAGACCAAUGGCCCCCUCCUCCUCCUCCUCCUUCUCCUCGUCCUUCUGCUCCCGCUCCGUCUCUCUGCUCACAAACCCGUGGUGCAUUCUGGAUGAUUACAGAAGAGCUCCAGGGACAGUGUGACUGGGUUUUCAUUCAGUGUUUUUUUUGUUCGCUCUGUAAAGUAGCUGGAGACUCUCUUUGUGCCAAGUAUAUCAAAUCUCCUAUUUGCCUUGGUUCAGUUUUCUCGUUUCGUUUGGUUGCCAAAAUUGCGUUUUUUCUGUUUAGUAAAGUGGCCCUUUGUUUACAGGCCUCCCGCAAAAAUAUGAACUACUGUUUAAAUUGCGUAACCAAUAUCUGAACAGGUUUUCAGGGGGACGUCCUGUUCUCGAGAGAUCAACACCCGAGCGUCAGAGUUUUCACUUGGCAUCGCACGUCUGACUCAGACCAAGCUUAAUAUGCGUCAUAAUCUCAAGACUUUUUGAUUGCACUUAACACGGAUCCUUAUCUGAAGUCACUAUGUGUGUGUUGUAGUCUUAAUCCUCCCGCCUGCCUCAACAGAAGGAGCUUAUGGAGAGCGAGGUGUGAUGAUGACACAAGCACCAGUCUGUUGAUGUGGAUGAGCGCUGGUGGAUUUGACUGUGCCAAUGGCCCGCCUACGUUGUUGUUGUUGUUUUUUUUUUGCCUUUUGUCUUAGGACCAAUCGAGAGUGGAUCUCAACAAUUCGCCGGACUGCUCUUACUGACCAGUUGUGCAUGACCCCUGUCUAGUGUUUCCUCACCCCGGGUGUGUACCAGCCGCCUUCGAACACCAUUCACCCCCUCUGUGUCUACUUGAAAAGCUUUUUUUGGUUUUCCUCGUCUCCGCUGAAGAAGCAUGAGGGAAGGUUGGCCAUUUUGUGCUUGACGUGAAGUGACACAAACUCUUCUUCUUCUUGCCCAGUCAGGAUGUAUCAUCUGUAUGCUCUCCAGUGGUUGUCUAACGUGAAUCCUGAGGGACACUGAAAAUUAGGAAAUCAUCUGAAAGCCUGUCUGGAGCCAAAGGGCUGGGCUGGUAAAAGCCUGCAUUGUAAGCAGUUAAGGAUUCAUGGACCCCCUGCUUGGCUGUAAAGGUAAUAGACGGGGAAAGGCCGCCACUUAAUGGCCUCCCGCUGGGCUGGAAGAAAAAAAAGGAGUGUUUUAUUUCCUAAUGUUUGUAAGCCGUCUCUUUUGUUUGCCUUUUGAUUGUGGGAAAUUAAUAUUAUUAAUAAUGGAGUAAUAAUGGAGUCCUUUUUAUCUUGUCCGAGUACAGUUGAGUUUUUAUUAGUACACAUCAGGUGUGAGUGUGUGUGUGUGAUUGAGUGGAUGAGGCUUUUGUUUUGAAAGAUGCAGUUGUUGUGGAAAGAGUGCCCACAUAAACUGUCUCCAAUCUUCUUUUGAUUGGCCAAUUAUUGCAAGAGUGUUUAUCAUUGUCACUGCUAUGAAGAUGAGCUACAAAUGAUUAAAUGUAAAGAAAAUAAAAAAUAAAUCCCUAAAUCUUGUAUUAUAAAUUAAUAAAAACAUUUCAAAUAAUAA